AAAUUACAUCAGUAAAUAUUUAUCCAAACUUAGGUUAAAAUUGUUUUUAUUUUGACGUGUCAAACAGUAUCGACCACAAUCCUGUAAAUGCCUGAUCGAGCAUUGAAAAGAUAAGACGUACACUUAUUAAAAUUCGUUUUGAAUUUUGUCCCCUAGGGGAAACUAACGCAUGCACAUAGCUGGCUCAGUUUCGUUGUUACUAGCUGUACAUAUCGCGUGCAGGUGUAGGUGUAGGAGGAAGGACACGGAACGACGGAACCAGCACCGCGGCCGCGCUGUCAGUCGGUGAAUUCGCGCCGCGGUGCACGUAUCGUUCGAAUUGUGCGUUGUGUAGAGCUUGGAAGCUCCUCGAUUCUUCUCUAAACACGCCGGGUUCGUUUCGUUCUGCAUGUCCUCAGCUGGUACGUUCGGUCACCCGUGCGUGACCCGGCCACCGAAACGUGCGUCCACCGAAUACAAUGCGGUAAAGUGAAACGUGUCCUGGGCGCGGCGACUCAGGAAGGGAAGCCCCCUCAGUAAUCUGGCCGGCAUGUACACAAGGUCCUGCCGUGGUACCAUUCGACUCGCUGCUGCCGUCCUGACGAUGUUCCUCUGCCGGAUCCACUCCGCUGCCGAGGAGCAACCGGGAUCCACCGGCCUCCUGGAACUGUGCAACAUCACCGUGGACAAACGUGAACUCUCUUGCCGCGGGGCUGGCUUCCUCUCCAUCCUGGAGCCCCUCAACGUCCUCGCACUUCCCUCAGCUGUUAACUUAACGAAACUAGACCUGACCAGCAACAACUUAACAGACAUUCCAGUCCGUGCCUUCCAUCGAAUCAGCAAUCUUGAAGUGUUAUUGCUCCGACGAAAUCAUUUGCACACGAUCGCCGACGAUGCAUUUACGAACUUAACGAGCCUUCGAGUAUUGGAGCUCGAUGACAAUUAUUUAACAAAAAUACCGACCGCGAUCGUAAUGCUCUCUGGCCUUGAAGACCUGUCCUUGUCGAACAACCGAAUCGAGAUACUGGAGGAGCACGUUUUUCAACACGCCACUAAUCUCCUGUCGCUGGAUCUACGCGGGAAUCCCAUCAAGGAAAUCCACGGGAACACUUUUCGGAAUCUACGGAAGCUACGUAAACUUAUCCUCUCGAAUCUGAAGGAACUGAGACUGUUUCCGAAUUUGAAUGGAACGAGAUCGUUAGAAGUGUUGAGAUUGGAUCGCGCACAAGUGGCGAGUGUCCCGGGAAAUUUGUGCGAACAGUGCCCGAAAUUGAAAAGCUUAGACAUGAAAUCGAAUCUCCUGACGGAGGUGCCGAAUCUACGAAAUUGUUCUGAGUUACGCGUGCUGGAUCUGGCCAGUAACAUGAUCUCGUCGUUGCUAGACGAGCCGUUCAGAAACCUGGGCAUGCUGCACGACCUGCUUCUGUCGAACAACAAGCUGGAAAUGAUCACAGGCGACGCGUUCAAUGGUUUGACGAGACUGCAGGUGUUAGAUCUAGAGAGCAAUUACAUCGAGUAUAUUCAUCCCGAGGCGUUUAAGGAGACGAGGCAGUUGGAGGACCUAAAUCUUGGGAACAACGUGUUCCCGGUACUGCCGACGCUAGGGCUAUCGAGACUGUUGCAUCUUAAGACGUUCAACAACCCGGCGCUGAGAGAGUUUCCAGCUCCCGAAAGGUUUCCGCGUGUGCAAACGAUGGUGCUCUCGUACGCUUAUCACUGCUGCGCGUUCCUGUCGGUCGCGGUGGAGGAUCCGGUGACGAGGUCCUCCGUUCAAGAGUCUAUCCUGUUCCCGACCGACAACGAGUUCGAUAUGAGCCUGUGGAACUCGAGCUUCACCGAUAUCUGGCCUCAGCUCAAUAACAUGACCGACAAAUUUGGCUCGCAAAUAAAUGAACUUUGGGCUAACUUUGGUUCAGAUUUUACGUACCCCGGCAACCUACCCUCAUACCUUGAGGAUUAUUUCGAAGAGCAGAACAGUCGCGCUACGCUGCCAACUCAGACACUGCCUUCUCACGUACAGUGCCUACCUCAGCCUGGUCCUUUCCUGCCGUGCGAAGAUCUCUUCGACUGGUGGACUUUACGCUGUGGCGUGUGGGUAGUGUUUCUACUCGCUAUGCUCGGGAACGGGACCGUCGUGUUCGUAUUAAUAUUCUCGAGGAGCAAAAUGGACGUUCCACGAUUCCUAGUUUGCAAUCUAGCCGCGGCGGACUUCUUCAUGGGCAUUUAUUUAGGAUUAUUAGCAGUAGUGGACGCCUCGACGCUAGGAGAAUUCCGAAAGUACGCGAUUCCUUGGCAGACCUCCGCCGGGUGUCAACUGGCCGGGUUCCUAGGCGUGCUCAGUUCGGAGUUGAGCGUGUACACGCUGGCAGUGAUCACUUUAGAAAGGAACUACGCUAUAACACACGCGAUGCAUUUGAACAAAAGAUUAUCGUUGAAACACGCGGGUUACAUAAUGACCGUGGGUUGGUGUUUCGCCUUGUCGAUGGCGAGUCUGCCUCUGGUCGGUGUAUCGGACUACAGGAAGUUCGCGAUUUGCUUGCCGUUCGAGACCAACGGGAACGCGGCGUUGGCUUACGUGAUAUUCUUGAUGCUGAUCAACGGCGUCGCGUUCCUUAUACUAAUGGGAUGUUACCUGAAGAUGUACUGCGCGAUCAGGGGCUCCCAGGCGUGGAACUCGAACGAUUCUCGAAUCGCGAAGCGUAUGGCUCUGCUGGUGUUCACCGACUUCCUCUGCUGGUCCCCUAUAGCGUUCUUCUCGCUGACCGCCACCUUCGGGUUGCAGUUGGUGUCUCUCGAACAGGCGAAGGUGUUCGCCGUGUUCGUCCUGCCGCUCAACUCCUGCUGCAACCCAUUUCUAUACGCGAUCCUGACGAAACAGUUCAAGAAGGAUUGCGUGUUGAUUUGUAAAGCGAUUGAAGAGUCCAGGGUGACCAGGGGGAUCGGCAGAUGCCGGCACAGCUCGAACUUUAGCAACAGGCAGACUCCUGUCAACACGAACAGCCUGGUGGACAGGUCGUCGAGAGAUAAUCAGACGCCCUGCGCCUGCAACUCGAGGUUACUCGAAGCCAGUCAAUGCUCCGGCUAUCGACGAUGGGGCACCAGGAUACUGUGGCCCUGCGCCAGAGACACCAGGCCCAGGCAUGCGCGCAGCGAUCAGUAUGCUUACCAAAUCGCGGAGAUACAGCAGAAACAGCAUAAGCGAGCCUCCUCCGUGUCCUCCAGCGAAAACUUCUCGUCAUCCAGGUCAGACUCCUGGCGGCAGGCUCACCACUGUGGCAUCCCGUUGAGGCUGCUCGACCCUAAACGAAGAGCCUCUUCUUGGCUGAUUACCAGAAAACCGUCGCAAGACUCGAAUCUCAGCUCCUCCAGGAACGACUCCUCGGGUUCCGCCACCACAGCCAGUACCAGUACCUGGAGGAUCUCGAGAUCCAGCGCGUCCCUCGAGGUCACCGCGAGGAAUACGCCCAGACCGGCGAAAUCGAAGCCAAGGUUGACCCGUCAGUUGGCGAUCCAAGAACCAGAGCCACCCGGAUCACCGAGCAGAUUGGCGGUCAGGCUGCUCGCGACCAUACCUUCCGCGGCAGAGACUAGCGAUCAACAGGACGAUGACAAUAUGCCACAGGUUUAAAUCGUCUUACGCGUACCUCGUCGGUUCAUUCGAGAUUAUAUUAAUAUACUUGCUGCCAUAAAACUAAAUUUGUACGAUGUCGAAAUUCCAGUGAGACCGAACGAAACCUAAAUUUAAUUCGAUCUCCGUGGAACGACGUCGUACGAUUUUAGAAUAUAUAUAUUACACGAUAAACUAGAGAUACGAGUAUCGUGUCUCGUUGCUCCCGAACGGUUUCAGUAUUAAAUGUCCUCUGAAGGAUCGAGGGUGUACUAACCCGUUACGUUGGCAAUUCUCGCGUGUUUGAAGUUACGUGGACAGAGAUAGUGGACGUUCCUUUGUAUGAUUAUUUAUGCCAAUUUCGGUAAACGCGAGAGGAUCGAUCUACUUUUUUUCACCGUCCGCUAUUCAUGCACGCGUAAGUGUUUAAUGUAUAUUUUCAUUGGAGAACCGCGAUCGGCAAAUACAAUAAUCAUAAAAUACUGCCAAGGCUCAUCGUGCGUUCACAAAUAUUCAUUAAUUUCACCCGAUUAUGUACGAUGAUAAAACGCGGUUUAACGAUAGGGCGAUGUUAAAAUUAAGAAUAAUAACUUUAAAUCCGGGAUGAGGAACUCGAUGUUCUGUAUAUAAUAAUUUUCGAGAUCGACGAUAGAGAGAUUAUUUAUUAAUAUAUUCAUCAAGGGAUGCGCAGUAUUUUCUUAUGCAGUUUUUCGUUCAGAAAUCAUUCAGCUGAAGCGGGGAAUGCUUGUUUGUCCGUUGUUUAAACAAGGAAGAGUCGUUUUAUCGUGGGAUCAGUAUUUAAAAUCCAUUGUUCGAUCGUUAGUAAAAAUGUUUGUGUUGUUAUAAGACUGACGGUUUAUACAAACACUGGAGCCAAUUUCUUAUUGAAGAUCCGGGCGUACAAUACGAUUUCUAACAUGCAGUUAAGAGCAGCGAAUAGUUUAAUUACCUUUUGGUCCAUUGAUUCUCAAACGAACGUAGUCAAUGAAUAUAUAAAUUAUCCGUAAGUUUUUACUUAUUAACGCAACAAUUAUUUGAGAAUUUAUGGACCGAGUUGCGAAAAUCUAUUGUUACACGGUGAUGAACGAUCGUACAAUUGUCCAGCCAUGACACUAUAGUUAAUCGAUCGUUAGACUAUUCUCAGUUAGGUUACUCUAGCUUAAAGAUUAAUUAUUAUACGAUCGUUACGGCGUGCAAAUGUUUAUACGCGGUUUUAAAUUAAUGGCAAAGAUGUUCACUAGUAUUACUUAGCGGUCUUUUAUUUAACGAAUGCGUCAUGUUCGUUUCCCGCGCGAAUGUGUUUUCACUCCCAAUCGAGAACGAAUAUUCUGUUUGUUUAAUGACAGAAUCAGAGAGAAGAGUUUUUCUCUCUGAUAGAAUAACUACAUCAGAAGAGCCAUAAGGUUUAACGAACUUCCCAGUAGGUUUUCAAAUGGAUCUUUUGAUCUCAAACUGAAUUAUGAUGCGAGAAUUUCGGACUGUGUGAACGCAAGCCGCGGUAGACUACAGCCGUGAACUUAGGAACAAGUCCGUGGCUACAAGUUGUACGUUGCGCACGCAAUUCUUUUAAACGUUUAAAAGAAUUUCUUAAUGUACCGAUAAACAUGUUUCGCGUGUGUGUCCGGUCAGAACUAUUUAAUAAAGUUUUUCUAAUAAAAUAAUGCGUUACGACGAA